ACUCCCUUACUCUUCACUCAUUCCACAGUAUAUAAGAUUGCCGAACCAAUCGAAGAGCAUUUCAAAACCAAAUCUCACAUUAAACCCACCCAAAGGACUCAGCAUAGAUCGAGAGAGAUCGCAAUGAGGAAGUGGACUCUUCCUUCCAUCUUGUUUCUGCUAUGUCUCCUGUUUCUUCUUCCAGAUCAAGGUCGAAAGUUACAUGCGAAUGCAGAGGCCGAUUCUGAUGAAUUGGUAGAUCCACCCAAGAUUGAAGAUAAGCUUGGUGCUGUUCCACAUGGUCUAUCCACUGAUUCCGAUGUUGCCAAGAGGGAAGCUGAGUCAAUGUCCAGGAAAAGCCUCCGUAGUAAUGCGGAGAAGUUUGAGUUUCAGGCUGAAGUAUCUCGCCUUAUGGACAUCAUUAUCAACUCUCUUUACAGCAACAAGGACAUUUUCUUGAGAGAACUAAUCUCCAAUGCAUCUGAUGCCCUGGACAAAAUUAGAUUCCUUUCUCUCACUGAUAAGGAGGUACUAGGUGAAGGUGAUGAUACCAAGCUUGAGAUCCAGAUUAAGUUGGACAAAGAAAACAAAAUUCUUUCCAUUCGUGAUAGAGGUGUAGGUAUGACAAAGGAGGAUCUGAUUAAGAACUUGGGAACAAUUGCCAAGUCUGGAACUUCAGCUUUUGUGGAGAAAAUGCAGACAAGUGGUGAUCUUAACCUUAUUGGUCAAUUUGGUGUUGGAUUUUAUUCUGUAUAUCUUGUUGCCGAUUAUGUGGAAGUGAUCAGCAAACACAACGAAGACAAACAGUAUGUGUGGGAGUCGAAGGCUGAUGGGGCAUUUGCUAUUUCUGAAGAUACAUAUAAUGAGCCACUAGGUCGUGGAACUGAAAUAAGAUUGCACCUUAGGGAAGAAGCCGGUGAAUACCUGGAGGAGUCAAAACUGAAGGAUUUGGUGAAGAAGUAUUCUGAAUUUAUCAACUUCCCCAUAUAUCUCUGGGCCAGCAAAGAAGUUGAUGUUGAGGUGCCUGCAGAUGAAGAUGAAUCCAGCGAUGAUGAAGAAAAACCCGAAUCCACAGAGGAGGAGAAGGAAGAUGAAGAUACCGACAAAGAGGAAGAUGAACAAAAACCAAAGACCAAAACUAUCAAGGAAACAACUUAUGAAUGGGAGCGUUUGAACGAUGUUAAAGCUAUAUGGUUGAGGAGUCCAAGGGAGGUGACUGAGGAAGAAUACACAAAAUUCUAUCACUCUCUUGCCAAGGAUUUCGGUGAUGAGAAGCCAAUGGCAUGGAGUCACUUUAACGCUGAAGGUGAUGUCGAGUUCAAGGCUGUUAUGUUUGUGCCUCCCAAGGCUCCUCAUGAUCUAUAUGAGAGUUACUACAAUGCCAACAAAUCUAACCUCAAACUGUAUGUUAGAAGAGUCUUCAUUUCAGACGAAUUUGAUGAGCUAUUGCCAAAGUAUCUAAUGUUCUUGCUGGGUCUUGUUGAUUCUGACACAUUACCACUUAAUGUAUCUCGAGAAAUGCUUCAACAACACAGCAGCUUGAAAACAAUAAAGAAGAAACUUAUCCGAAAGGCCCUGGACAUGAUCCGCAAACUUGCUGAGGAGGACCCUGAUGAAUCUCAUGACAAAGACAAGAAAGAGGUAGAAGAAUCAAAGGAGAAUGAUGAGAAGAGAGGCCAAUAUACCAAGUUCUGGAAUGAAUUUGGGAAGUCAAUAAAACUUGGUAUAAUUGAGGAUGCAGCAAAUAGGAACCGUUUGGCGAAACUUCUUAGAUUUGAGACCACCAAGUCAGAUGGCAAACUAACAUCACUUGAGCAAUACAUCUCAAGAAUGAAAUCUGGACAAAAGGAUAUCUUCUACAUCACAGGCAGCAGCAAGGAACAACUUGAGAAAUCCCCAUUCCUUGAGAGGCUUAAAAAGAAAAAUUUUGAGGUGAUUCUUUUCACAGAUCCUGUGGAUGAGUACCUGAUGCAGUACUUGAUGGAUUUUGAAGAUAAGAAAUUCCAAAAUGUGUCCAAGGAAGGUCUGAAACUAGGCAAGGAUUCUAAAGACAAAGAAGUCAAGGAAUCAUUCAAAGAAUUGACCAAGUGGUGGAAGGAUACUCUUGCAAGUGAAAACGUUGAUGAUGUGAAGAUCAGCAACCGUUUGGCUGACACCCCUUGUGUAGUUGUGACAUCUAAGUAUGGAUGGAGUGCUAACAUGGAAAGGAUCAUGCAAUCUCAAACACUGUCUGAUGCCAGCAAACAGGCAUACAUGCGUGGUAAAAGAGUACUUGAGAUCAACGCAAGACAUCCAAUCAUAAAGGAGCUUCGGGAGAGAGUUGUAAAGGAUCCUGAGGACACAAGUGUAAAGACAACAGCCCAACUUAUGUACCAAACGGCAUUGAUGGAGAGUGGAUUUAUGUUAAGCGACCCCAAGGACUUUGCGUCACGUAUAUAUGACUCAGUGAAGACAAGUCUAAGCAUCAGUCCUGAUGCAGCAGUGGAGGAGGAGGAUGAAGUGGAAGAGGCAGAGGUGGAGAGCAGCCCAAAGGAGGAGGAGGAGAAGACUGAUUCCAUAGAAGAAGAGUCUGAUGUUAAGGAUGAGUUGUAGGUGUUUGUUCCUGUUUGGCAUUUAAGUUUGAAGUUAGUUUUGUAGUAACAGAAAUUUUGUCUGUUUGGGAUUAUUAGUUCCGUACUUUCUGCGGGUGUUUAAUUAAUGCAGGAUAUGAUAGUGUCUUCUGGUGUUU